GGCCGUUGGGCAUGAUAAAGAGAGCAAGUUGCUGAUUAAAUGUAAGAUGCACACGUGUCAACUUCUUAUCCCCAUAAAACCACCGAUAAGAAAUUCAUCCUUCACCCUAAAUAAACGAUCAUCUUAUCUCUUCAUCACCGUCCAUAACUUUUCCCCUUUCAAUCUCUACCGUCCAUUACACUCCAUAAUCCCUUUUCCCAUUUUUCCACUCACAAAUCCCCUACUCUCCUCUCUCUCAACAUUUCCAUCAAAUGGCGGCUCUCCAACAAACUCCGAUCACUUUCCAAUCCCGGUCACCGCUGGUCACUCAAAUCAUCACCGGACCGGUAGCAAAACUCAACUUCUCCGGCGGACUAAAGCUCCCCAAACUCACAAUCAAGCGCCGCAUCUCCCGCCGCGGCAGAGGAGGCGGCGCACUCGGUGCAAAAAUGGCGGACACCGCCGCUGGAAGCUAUGCCAACGCUCUCGCUGACGUAGCUCAAUCAAACGAAACACUUGAGCAAACAAUCGCCGACCUCGAAAAAAUCGAGAAGCUCUUCGAAGACGAAGCAGUCUACAAUUUCUUCGUCAGCCCUAUCGUUAGCGAAGAGAAGAAACGUGAACUCGUAGACGAAAUCGUCUCGUCCUCGAGCAUUCAACCACACGUGGCAAACUUUCUUAACAUCCUAGUUGAUAUGAAACGGGUUGAGUUGAUAAAGGAUAUAGUGAAGGAAUUCGAGAAAGUGUACAACACACUUACUGACACAGAACUUGCUAUUGUGACAUCAGUUGUGAAACUGGAAUCGCAACAUUUAGCGCAAAUCGCCAAGGGAGUACAGCGAUUGACUGGUGCGAAAAAUGUCAGAAUCAAGACGGUAAUUGAUGAAUCGCUAGUUGCUGGGUUUACAAUAAGGUAUGGAAAUUCAGGAUCUAAGUUGAUUGAUAUGAGUGUGAAGAAGCAACUUGAAGAUAUUGCUGCUCAGCUUGAAAUUGGGGAUAUUCAAUUAGCUGUUUAAUUAAUUGUUAUCUUUUUACAAUUUUAAUUUUUUCAAGUGAUUAAUUUUGUAAUAUAUAAUUUGCUCAAAAGGCGAAUUAAACAUACUGUUCUAAAUUUUUGGAUGAAUAUAAAUUAGUUGCUGUAUGCAAAUUUAAA